AAGCACUAAAUGGGAAAUGGCUAUUCUCAUGUUGUACAUUUCACAACUGUUUCCUGAUUAGAGGCAUUGUGUUGGUAGAACUUCUUCUCCGUGACUUGACUUUCUUUCUCCUCAGUGCCAAAGGGAUAUGUAUAUAUUUGAUUACCUUUAGGAUGGUGCAGGCUCAACUCUUCUCUCUCUUCUCUGUCAUUACAGGCACCUUCUCACAAUCAUGGUCCAUGACAGUUCCCCCUGUAGUGAACAGCACCAUAGGAGGAGAUGUGGUCCUACCCUGCUCCUUCACCCACCCCAAGCAACAAGACUACUCCAAAGGCAUCACAGUUCAGUGGAUCACCAGACAAUUCCAUGAUACGCCCUUCUUCCAAUGCAAGGUGAAAAAUGUUACUACGGGUGGAAUGAAUGAAUGCUCAGUUCCAGAGUCAUACCAACGCUUCUCAGUCAAAGGAGAUCCUAAGCAGAGGGAUCUCUCUCUCCUCAUCAGAGAUCUGGCGGUCACAGACAAUGGAGUUUACUUCUGCAGAGUAGAGCUGGACUAUUACUGGGCUGAUGGGAAGUGGCAGACUGCCAGCGGCACACAGCUCAAUAUCAUUGCUAAGGCCCAGAUUCUCAGCCUGUCUUGGGUAGAGGCGUCCCUCGGACCAGGCAACGGGAGCCUCAGGUGUGUAGUUGAGGGGAACCCCCCAUCCACCAUCACCUGGUUCUCCUCCUCUAAGGGCAACAUAGACCCAGGUGUCAGCACCAUAGGAACCCACCCAUUUCAGUGGACAAGUUCAAUCCCCUACUUCACCCAGGAAGUGUACACCUGCAGGGCAGAGAACAGCCUGGGGAGGGCAGAGAGACGGUUCCCCCUGGACCCACUGCGCUGACCGUAGCCCUCUCUGUGUGUGGGGUCCUGCUUCUGCUGCUGCUCCUUGGCGUGGCUUUAUUUUACCUGAGAAAAAGAGGAUACCUGAGAUUCUGCAAUUCAGAAAAGAUUAAGCAGCAAUCUGAGUUGUGCACAGAUCCUGCUAUAGCUAUGGUCAGUGAAUCCUCUAUCUACGCCAAUGUCUCAGAAAUGGAAAGCCCACAGUCAUUGUAUAAACAUAAUUCACAGAAGAUGGCGACAUGGAGCUACUAAAUCUGGUAUACUCAGACGUUCAUCUGAACACCACCACUCAAUCACCCCAAAGAAGCUCUCGUGUCCCCAUACCAGAUGAAGGUGUCCACUAUGCUAUUGUGAAGCUGGGGUGAACUGCCGAGGCGCAGCAGAGAGAAUGCAACUCUGGAGUCCCGGGAAGUGGUGACAGAGAAGAGCAUCCUGCCCUCGUCUCCAUGGUAACAGCUGUUUAUGGAUGGGGGGUGACAGAAACAAAACCCUACUGCUGCAAAGCAUCGAAAUAUGGAAAACUCCUUCCUGAUGGGCUUCAGUCUUAUUUCAUCGCUAUCCAUGUUGUUAUGUAGCUUGAUUGAC